CCUUUCUAACGAACAUCUUCAUUAUCUCUUUCAUCCUUAAAAUCAGGUUCGUCCUCGAGCCUUUAUAUUAUUGGGGAUCCUUUUCUCUUCCUUCGCAUAUUCAACAAAGUUACUUUGUUUGCGAAAUAGAGAGAAAUGGAAACUUCUUAUUUAGGCCUUGCUCUGGCAGCUAUUCUCAUUCUCCAAUUCUCUACCCCUAUAAACUCCUCAUUCUCAGCCACUACAUCUCUACCUUCAAGAAACACAUACAUAGAAUAUAUUAAAACUUCUUGUUAUAACACCACAUUCUAUCCUAAAUUAUGCUACCAUACCCUCGUAAUCUAUGCUAGCACAAUCAAAACCAACCCUAAACUACUAGCUAAAACUGCCCUUAAUGUGAGCCUUAUAGACACCAACUCGACAUCAAGGUUCAUGAUAAGGGUGUCCAAAAUUCCUGGUCUAGAGCCUAGAGUGGUUGCAGCCAUGUUAGAUUGUGUAGAGGAGGUUGGGGACUCAGUGUAUGAGCUACAAAGGUCCAUGGAAGAGAUUGGUCAUGCUGGUGGGUCAGAUUUUUCCAAGGCAAUGAGUGAUGUAGAAACAUGGGUUAGUGCAGCAUUAACAGAUGAUGAUACCUGCUUGGAUGGAUUUGCUGAAGAGGUCGUGAAUAAAAAAGUGACGGCCAUUGUUAAGAGACACAUACGAAGAAUUGCACGUUUGACCAGUAAUGCUUUGGCUCUUGUCAAUAGAUAUGCUUCAACUCAAGCCAACUUACCUUAAUGAAGUCCUUAUUUUAUCUCCCUCCAGUGGAAAUUGUAAGGAAUCCAAUCCCAAGCUGUCAAAGCUCAUGCAUAUAGGCAUUUUUAGCCUGAAUUACCCCUGUCUUCUGCAGUUUCUGAAGAUACUAUCUUGUUUCAUAAAAAAAACUUGGUCACUAUGGUUGUGGAUUAGUAUUCUAUGAAACAGUUCUUUGAGGUUCAAUUGCCCCAAAGUCAAAUUGGGUUGGGUUUCUUGAACUAAAACUCUAGUUUCUUUCGUGGCCUCUGGUAUGAAAUCAGCAAGCAUGUUAUUGGAUACUACAGUGUGUUUAGGGACUAUUGUACUGUGAAUUACCUGCAAUGUGCUGUUAUCAACAAUAUGGUAUGGCGUAAAUUUAAUACAAUAUGCACUAAUGUCUUCCCCUUUGGCA